AUGGUCCCGACCGAGGGCCGCUACCGCCUCCUCUACGUGAAGCUCACCUGGGUCCACGAUGAGGCCAACCCCGGUGCUGGCAGCUACGUUGUUCUCAACUUUACCGGCGUGCACCACUUGUGCGAUGGCGGUACGGUACUUCCCUUCAGCGAGUGGGCCACCACCUGCCGCAACCUGUGCGACAAGGGCCGGCUCCAGUGCUCGGAGAACGUCUAUACAAUGGAUGUCACUGUGCUGCGUGGGCGCCGAGCCCAGGAGCCCUUGCCCGCGCCGCUGGCCAAGCGUAUGUUUAUCCCCGUUGAGGCCGUCCUCGGUGCUCCCAAGCCCGAUUUCCCCACGGUCACUGCUCGCGUGAACUUCCCCAAUUCCGUCCUGGAGCAAAUGCAAAAACACCUGCAGCACGCCGUCACAAAGAGUGGCAGGGCGUUGUCGAAGAACGAUGUCAUGCACGCGAUCGUGUGGCACAAGAUGAUCGAGAUCUUCGGCCCCCAGGUCACCCACGACGGCAAGCACAGCACGAUGUUCUUCCCUGCAGACAUGCGCGGCCGCUAUCCCGGCAUUGGCCGCAACCACAUUGGCGAUGCAACCUCCAUCAACGCCGUCGAGGUCGAGGCCGAGACGGUCACCUUGAAGGAGUGUGCCCAGAAGUUCCACGACGAGGCCCGAAGUGGGGCCAGCGUGGAAUACUUCCGGGAGCAACUGGAUUUCGAGGCCAGUCGCAAGCCAGAGAGCCGUGUCCAUGGCUUCUUCACCCCCGCGUGGCCCACCUUGAUCACGACCUCCGUUCGCCAUGGCCCCAUCUAUGAGGGCCGCUUCGGCGGCAAGAUGGGCAGCGAAGGUCCCAUCAACUUCUCCUUCGUCCGCCCCUCGCUCGUCGUCAUACCGCCCUACAGACGUCCUAACCCCACCGAGGAGCAAAAGGACUGGGAGUCCGGCAACGAUAUGCAAAUCACCAUCCCGCUUGGCCAGGACGAGACGGCUGCCGCGAAAUUCGUGGCCUCCUUGCCGAAGGGCACUCGCCUGCUUUCCAUUUGGAGCAUUGAUUUGUAG